UUUGAUAUAAAAGGUUGCAUUCACUGAUCUGAAAGAUUGUGUAUUCCUGCUACAACAGUGCGAUCACAAUGGCCGCCGCUCUUGCUCUGGUCUUGCUCAUGUUUGGUCUGACCUACACAAGCGCGGACGUCCGCUUGGUCCAACCAGCCUCCGAGUCCACUACACCUGGAGAAACUGUUCGCCUGACCUGUACAGUCCACGGAAUCAGCCUUUCAAAAAGGUAUGUUCACUGGUACCUGCAGAAGCGAGACAGCGCCCCAAGAUUUAUUCUGAAGGGGACCGAUAAAAGAGGUGAAGGCAUCUCGGACAGAUUUACCGGCCUGGAAGAUGAAUCAACCAACGUGGGAUAUUUGACUAUCACUAACGUGCAAUCGGAGGAUGCUGGUGACUAUUACUGUUUUUCAACUGAUGAAAGCAACGUGGGCUACUUCGGUAGCGGAACCAAGCUGAUUGUGCCGGGUCGUCAGCCAGCCAAGCCCAAAGUGUCGCUCCUCCCCCCCAGCGCAGAGCAGAUUGCAGGAGCCAACGAGGCGACGCUAUUGUGUGUGGUCACUCAUUUUUACCCGGAGUCGGUGACACUGGUGUGGAGUGUGGACGGCAAAGUCAGGCAGAACGGCGUUCAGACAAGCUCAACCCUCCAGGACUCUGACCAGACAUACAGUUUAAGCAGUUACCUCACCGUGCCAGCUUCCGAGUGGAGCUCACACGAGCUUUACUCCUGCGGAGUAAAACACCAGACCCUCAGCUCCACGCUUGAGCAAAGCAUCAGGCGAUCAAACUGCAUGUGAUAAAAGAAGAAAUAUAUUGUUAAAAUAUGUUGGCUUUUCUGGACUCCUGUUGAAAAAUAACGUGUCUUAAUUUGAAUCUCAUCCAACUUUUACAAUGUUGGUCUCUUUUUGUAAAGCAAGGGUGCGUGACCGUCUUAUCUUUAAGCAAAGUAACGCCGUUGCAUUUGCGUGUGCUGUAUUAAUGUAUUAUUUUUAGCCUGGAUUAAAUAAUAAAAUGCCACGAGUAUGCAAAA